GCAAUGUUUUCAAUGUAAAUGUACGUCGUAGAAUAGUUAUUUUUUUCACGAAAUAUCAAAGUUUAUUACGAUAUCAAGCAUUAUAUUUCUUCGUUUUAAUGCUAGUAGCUCGUGUUAGUGCCUUGCAUAUAUUAUAUUACUAAUCGAUAGAACCAAUUUAUUGUAUCUUUAACACUACUAGACAGAAAAUAAAUUCGUCUUUUUGGGUUCAAAUCAUUUCAUCAGAUCUAUUUGGAGUGUCGAAAAUGGAUUACGUGACUGCGUUAAAGAUUCUAGUUAUUGGAGAGAGCGGAGUAGGCAAAUCUAGUAUCAUAUUGGCAUUUACAACCGGUGACUACAAUGCAUCAUUCCCUGCUACUAUUGGAGUGGACUACAAAUGCAAGAUAAUGGAAGUGAACGGAGUCAAGGUGAAGUUAGGCAUUUGGGACACGGCUGGCCAGGAACGCUAUAGGACACUGACAUCUAGUUUCUACAGAGAAGCGCAUGGUGCUAUAUUGGUGUACGAUGUAUCAGAGCCAAAGACGCUAGCUAAACUAAAGGAGUGGGUGGAGGAGCUGCAAGUCUACUCUACCAAGAAGAACAUAGUUUGUUUAGUUGUUGGCAAUAAGAUUGACAAGGCUCGGCAAGUAACCAGGGAAGCGGGGCAGGAGUUCGCACAAAAGCACAGAAUGCUCUUCAUCGAGAGCAGUGCCAAGACCCAGGAGGGUAUCAACUUGGCGUUCGAAGAACUAGUACAAAAGAUAAUCGAGACACCAGGCCUCUGGGAGUCUAAUCCCUCUUCAAACAUCCGUGUAGGCGGCGAGGAGCGACGGCAACAGGAGUCCUCCUGCUACGAUUACACUUGUACAAUCUAAACACUGUAUCAGUAAUCUUGUAUAUUGAACGUAAUGUGACAAUCCAUUUCAAAAAGGACAUUAUGGAAGGCGCUUACGAAUUUGUAGCUGCACGCCAGAAAUCUAAGGCGUAAAAUACACAGAAGGGAUGCACGGACGACCGCGCCGCGUUGCUUGAGUGUUUGCGUGGCGCCGCGUCGCUUGAAGCGCGUCUUACGUCUUUCCUGUACAAAACGUACUGAGGAGACGUUAUUUAAAUUACACGGGCGGUGCGGCGCGGGCGUCCGUUCCGCGUCUUACGACGUGCGGUGCGGGUUCUAUGUAUUUUACGCCUAAGAUACGACACAUCAUACAGAAUGAGAGACGAAUAUAGUUAUCUCAUUCUAGCAAAUACCUAGUUUUGUCUCUACUUAGGCAGUGCAGUGGUAGGACAUUGUUGAAAGGGAUAGUGCAAUGCAUUAGAAAGGGACGACACGAUUCGACCCUGAACCAUUGUCAAACUUCGUUUUCAACCCCCGACGCAGAAACGACGGGGUGUUAUAAGUCUGACGUAUCUGUCUGUGUGUGUGUCUGUCUGUUUGUCUGUCUGUCUCUGUGUGUGUGUCUCUCUGUGGCAUCGUAGCUCCCGAACGGA